CUGUCCAACAGGUCAACAUCUCUUUCCCUCCUCUCUCUCUCUCCACUGUCCCUGGACCGAUUUGCACUCCAUAAAUUGGAGUUGUCCUCCUGAGUUUUUUCUCACUUCAGAAUUUGAGAAAAACAAGCACAAGCAAUUCUCUCCUUCUGAGUCGCUUUGUUCUCUCUCUUUCUUUCUCCUCAGCUGUUUUAGUACUCUGAAGCCAUGGCCGAGAAUCAUGCAAGUAACGGAAACCAUGCUGUCAAUGUUGAAGAUGGCAGACCUUCCUCCAAAACAAACCAAGAAUCAAGCGGUAGCUUUCUCUGUGUACCCUUUAUGCAGAAGGUCAUUGCUGAGGUGUUGGGGACAUAUUUCUUGAUAUUUGCUGGUUGUGGGGCUGUGGUGGUGAAUAUUGACACUGACAAGACGGUGUCGUUUCCGGGGAUUGCAAUUGUUUGGGGACUGGUUGUGAUGGUCAUGAUUUACUCUGUGGGUCACAUCUCCGGUGCCCAUUUCAACCCUGCUGUCACAAUUGCUUUUGCUACUACUAGGAGGUUUCCAUGGAAACAGGUACCCCCUUAUAUUAUUGCUCAAGUCCUUGGAUCAACGCUCGCAAGUGGUACCCUCAGGCUCAUAUUUAACCACCAUCAAGACCACUUUGCAGGAACAAGUCCCAGUGGAUCUCUAUUGCAGACUUUCGUGAUUGAGUUCAUCAUCACAUUUUACCUCAUGUUUGUUGUUUCUGGUGUGGCCACUGAUAACAGAGCGAUUGGAGAGCUGGCAGGGAUUGCCAUUGGCUCCACGGUUCUUCUGAACGUGAUGUUUGCAGGUCCAAUUACAGGAGCAUCAAUGAACCCAGCAAGAAGCUUAGGGCCUGUAAUUGUCUCAGGCCAUUACAAAAACCUGUGGAUUUACCUAGUGGCACCAACUCUUGGAGCUGUAUGUGGUGCCCUGGUCUACAAUGUUAUCCGAUUUACGGAUAAGCCACUGCGAGAGCUCACCAAGACUGGAUCUUUCUUGAAAGGCUCAGACCGCACCUAAUUGAGGAAGAUAGAAGAAGAGGGAUUUGUUAUAGAAGAGAGGUAAAGACUAGAGACCUUUACCCUUUUGUUUCUCUUCUCCAAAAGUGUGGUAAUUAGGCUAGAAAAGGGAAAGUUGAAUUCCCAUGUUUGAAUGUUACCAUAUUUGUAAUUUUAUUCUUAUCCACAUAGUUUGGGAAAUCAAAGUGUGUUUUCUUGUUUUUUUUUUUUUUCAACUAGUGUGUUUUCUUGUUGGAAUGGAAAGUAUGUUUUCAUGUUUCUUAUCA